AUGGGCACUAUGUACCUUUGGAUCGGUGUCUCAGGAACGACGUUAUCUGGGCGGACUUUAAGGAGUCCGCUACCUAACCUGCUGGAUUUUUCCCAAUACCAUUUCGUCAACCAGCUUCCAAAGUUCCGAGGUCUCUUCUCCCUUCUUACAUUGUGCCUUCUAGAUUCCAUUCCAACGCGUUACCUUUAUCCGACCGCUUUCAUAUACUCUUUCUCGCCAUGCCGAGUCACGAACGAUGAGCGCUCAAAAUUUGUCCCAGAACUUAUCAAGUUAGCCAUCUCUAAGGUCUCACGGUGUUUAUUCCCACCGCUUUAUCUUCACGUUUGA